CGUGCGCACAGCGAACCGCCUCUUAGGUCUGGAGUCCAGGAGGAAGGGGGUGGGCGGGGCGGACUUUUCUUCCCGGACCCGCGCUCCCUGGAAGCGGCGCCUCUGGCUCAGCAAACGUGUCGUUCUCAAAGGGGACUGCCGACAGAAUGGCUAGUUAUUACCUGUCUCCUUCCCACGGCCUGCGGAACUUCUCAGAGCUCGGGGAAGCAGGAAGCUCUCCCCCGGGUCCUGUACCAGCUGGAAUCAUCCGUGUUUACAGCAUGAGAUUCUGUCCCUUUGCUCAGAGAACUCUGCUUGUCCUGAAGGCCAAAGGAAUCAAGCAUGAAAUUAUCAACAUCAAUCUGAAAAACAAACCUGAUUGGUUCUUUAAUAAGAAUCCCUUUGGUCUAGUACCAGUUCUGGAGACCAGUCAGGGUCAACUAAUCUAUGAAUCUGUUAUCACUUGUGAGUACUUAGAUGAAGCCUAUCCAGGGAAGUUGUUUCCAGAAGAUCCCUAUAAGAAAGCUUUUCAAAAGAUGAUUUUGGAGUCGUUCUCUAAGGUACCACUUUUGUCUAAGGAAUCUUUGGUAGCUGUAAGGAAUGGAGAAGAUUGCUCUGCUCAGAAAGCAGAACUCCGUAUGGUGUUCAGCAAUCUGGAGGAGAUUCUUUUUCGUCAGAAGACAACUUUCUUUGGUGGCGACACUGUAUCCAUGAUCGAUUACCUCAUUUGGCCCUGGUUUGAACGUCUGGGAUCAUUUGAGAUAGCAGACUGUGUGAACCACACCUUGAAACUUAAGCUCUGGAUAGCAGCCAUGAAGAAGGAUCCUACAGUAUCAGCCCUCCUUGUAGAAGAGAAAACUCUUAAAAAUUUCAUACAUCUCUAUCUGCAGAAUAGUCCUGAGGCCUGUGAUUAUGGUCUAUGAGGGGAGAGUGAUCAGUGAAACAGGUUCUAUACUUCCAUCUGAGUUUUUUUAAUACUUAAAAUUAUAUCCUAUAUUAUUUUUUAAGCAGAUUGUUCUCAUAUCCAUGGCCUUUGUUUGUACUCAUUUUCUUUUCUUGAUGCUUCCUCUUUGCAAGUCUUAUAAGGGGAGCUUUUCUCUGGCUAUCUUUAUUCCUAUAGUGAACUUGCACUAUCAGCUCUAUGCUGAUUGGUCAUAAUCAGCAUAAUCAGCAUAAAUAUUGUUCACUUUG